UGGUGCCAUUUUGCUGAUCUGGAUGAAGCAGGCGGAGACGGUGAAGUUGGCCAAGCCCAAGAGGAAGCGACGCAAGCCGCGCUCGCUGCUUCUGCUACUCAAGAGUUUCGUGGGUCUGCGUGUGCGCAUCGACCUGAAGAAUGAUUCGGUAUUGGAAGGCGUGGUUCAGGAGGUUGUGCAGGAUAUGGACUUCACCCUGCUAGACGCCUGCGAGACCAAACCGAACGGCACUACGCUGAUGCUGGACGAGGUGUUCGUCAUGGGCAAGACGGUGCUAUAUGUUCACAUCCCCGACCGGAUCAACAUCACGCAGCACCUCCAGCAAUACACACGGAUGAUUCGGCAGAGCGCUACAAUGUAUACUCGAGCGAAGCGAACGACCAGCUCACGACCAGGGCAAUAAAUACCAGAAAAAAAAUGUAUACGUGGAUAUUAUACAGGUGGAAGGCGCUGCGCUGCCGGUGGAGCCGGUCUUCUAGAGUACUGCUGCUGCCUGUUCUGAGGAGAGUUGCUGGAUCCAGUAAGUGCAAACUUGAGACCACCCCCAAGAGUCUUCUGGAGCUCGGUGACGCGGGCCUUGAGCUGCAGAAUGUGCUCUUUCUGGAAUUCUGCUUCGCGCAUCUUCUCCUUGCGCUCACGCAUCACCUCAGUACUCACCGAGAGCUUCUUGUUCACUGCGCUAUUGGCAAUGGAUACAGUGGAUUUGAACUUGGCUUCGCGCACCUCUUGGGUCUGCAUGCGCA